AUGUCCGCACCCCGCGUCACUUCGGGGGGAGGCGGGUCUCUCGCGGGGACACAAAUGGCCGAUGAGGAGGCGGAGCGUUUGGCUUUGACGGAGAAGUCCGCCUGCGCAGGCGGAGGGACAUCGGCGGAAGGCGAGAGGAGCGGCGGAAGCCCCCCGGGGAGGACGCGGCUGCUGGUGACGGGGUCGAUAGCGGUGUCGCUGCUGCUGUGGCUGCCUGUCUGGUGGUAUACCACACGCGUGUAUCGUGCGCCGCUGCCAUUUGCCGACAUCAGCAGCUUCACGCAUGACGUCACUGCGCACCCCAUAUCCCUGCCCAUCCACGUUGACGUUAUUUUCCUGCUCAAAACUCCGCCGUUCAAGCAGCAACCAGAGGAGCAGCAGCAGCAGCAGCAGCAGCAAGAACCAUCUUCCCCUCUAUUCCCCACGUCUCAACUACAGGACACAGCCGAGGCGUCUCUCUCUGCCCUCUGCUCCCCUCACGCGAACUUUCCAUCACUGCGGGCGUCUCUCCUGCGUCCCCUGCAAGCCGCGUUCAGCCCUCUGCUCACUCUCCACUUCCACAGCCAGGUCCUCUACUUUGCCCCAAUGGCAGCAGCGGCAAGGUGGAACGAGCAUGCGAGGGUGCAUGAGGUGCAGGCGUCCGAUCUGCCAUUCGUGCUCAAUGCCGACACAUGGCAUCUGCAUGCAUCGCUGCCACUCAUGGCUCAUGGCCGAUCCAAGCUGCUGCAUGUCGUUGUCUACAUUCCCUCUCGCACCACCUGUCCCCUAACCAUAGCCACACACGCGCCCAGCAACAACGGCAAGCACCAUUCACCAUCAGUGCCUCCAUCUGGGUUCAUAUCCCCUGGUUGGGGCUCUGUUAUCCUCUUCAACCCUCUCAACUGCUCCGCUCCCUCCUCCUCUUCCUCCUCCUCCUCCUCCUCCUCCUCCUCCUCCUCCUCCUCCUCCUCCUCCUCCUCCUCCUCCUCCUCCUCGACUUCUGACACCCCAUCAUUUGCCUCCCCUCACGUCCUCUCUCCCUCCUCCUUCACUCCUGUCCUCGCCCUUGCGAUAGCCCAACUGAGGUCUCUCUUUGGCCUGUCUGCCACUCCACCUGCACUCUGCCCCACUUCGCCUGCUUCCCCGCAUAGUGGCAGCAGCAGCAGUGGCAGCAGUGGCAGCAGGGGAAGCAGUUGGGGAAGCAAAGGAGCAGUGGGCGCACGCAGUUUAUCAGCAGGGCUGAGGGGAGUGGCGGAGUGGGAGGUAGACUCGUUGCUGCGACAACGGCUCCCGGCAGAUGAAGCAACCAUUGCAGCAUCUCUAUCAUCCGUUGCCGCCCUCGUGCAAUCACUACCGUCCAUGGUUGUGCGCGAUGACAUCAGCGAGUUUGUAUUCUCUGCGCUGUCCUCUGCACGAGCAGCAAGAGAAGCAGCUAGAGAGGGGAGAUAUGACGAAGCGCAGGCAGCACUGAGGAGGGCGAAACUGGCAGCUGAUGCUGCUCUAUUUCACCCAAGCAUGGAGGCUGGAAUCUUCUACCCGCUAGAGCAUCACCUUGCAAUUUACUCUCUCUUCCUUUCCUCUCCACUCUGUUUGUUCAAUUCCCUGUUUGUUCAAUUCCCUUAUUCUUUUUUCCGGCUCCUCUAA